AUGGCCAUGAAUUCCACCAACGACAAGGCCGAAGCAGUGGCCCUCAAGAACAAGGGCAACAAAGCCUUUUCCGAACAUGACUGGCCCACUGCCAUUGACUACUACACAAAAGCAAUAGACAAAUACGACGGCGAACCAUCCUUUUACUGCAAUAGAGCUCAGGCCAAUAUUAAGCUUGAGGCUUAUGGCUACGCGAUAGCAGACGCCACAAAGGCCAUUGAACUCGAUAAAAACUACAUCAAGGCAUACUGGAGACGUGCGAUCGCGAACACCGCCAUACUCAACUCCCAAGAUGCCCUGCGAGAUUUCAAGACGGUGGUUCGAAAGGAGCCCAACAAUAAAGAGGCCAAGCUGAAGCUAGCCGAAUGCGAAAAGCUGGUCAAGAAGAUACAGUUCCUUAAGGCCAUCGAAGUGUCAGAUCCUCCGUCAGCGUUCGAAGGUCUCGAUAUCGACUCCAUGGUCGUGGAUGAAGGAUACGACGGCGUCCGGUUAAAAGACGAAAUGACGCAAGAGUUCAUUGAUGAUAUGAUCGAAAGGUUCAAGAACGGCAAGAAAAUACACCGGAAAUACGUCUUCCAGAUUAUCAAGGCAGUGAGAGACAUUGUCUAUGACGAGCCAACAAUGGUGGAAACGGAAGUGGCUCCGGACACGAAGUUGACUGUCUGCGGUGACACUCAUGGGCAAUACUUCGAUUUGCUGGAGAUCUUCCGACUCAAUGGUUACCCAUCCGACAAGCAUGCCUAUCUGUUCAAUGGUGACUUUGUGGACCGCGGUUCCUGGUCAACAGAGAUCGCGCUGCUUCUAUAUGCCUACAAGUGGCUGCGGCCGUCUUCGUUCUUCCUGAAUCGUGGCAACCACGAAACCGACGACAUGAACCGUGUGUACGGUUUCGAAGGCGAAUGCAAGGCGAAGUACAACGAAAAGACGUUCAAGUUGUUCUCAGAGUCGUUCUCCGCUCUACCCUUGGCCACCUUGAUCGGCAAGAAGUAUCUCACUCUUCACGGUGGAUUGUUCUCGGAUGAUAAGAUCACCCUCGAUGACAUCCGCAAACUCGACAGGCAUACGCAACGACAACCUGGUCAGCAAGGCUUGAUGAUGGAGAUGCUCUGGACAGACCCCCAGCCAGAAAACGGAAGAGGACCCAGCAAGCGAGGAGUAGGGCUGCAAUUUGGACCCGAUGUGACGAAGAAGUUCUGUGAGAUCAACGGCCUUGAGGCUGUCAUUCGAAGUCAUGAGGUUCGAAUGGAUGGAUACGAAGUCGAGCACGACGGGAAGUGCAUUACAGUAUUCUCGGCGCCCAAAUACUGUGACAGCACAGAGAACAAGGGUGCAUACAUCAACCUUGGUCCCGAGUUGAAGCUUGAAUACCACCAGUUCGAAGCCGUACCUCACCCCGAUAUCAAGCCCAUGGCAUAUGCUCAAAAUUCAUUGAUGUCCAUGAUGUAG